AUGGAGUCUGGUGAGACCUUUUUAUCAUGUGCGGCAACUGUUGAAUGGAUGACGCCUCAAGGCUCUAUUAUGAGAAAAAUAACACUAAAGUCAGCAUCUUUGCGAAUAAUAAGGAACGAAUUUAGGGAAAUGUUUAUGGAAGUAAGCGGUGAUAAGAAUGCUGCGACUAGGUUAGCUUUAAAAGGAAUAAAUGUUUUUAAGAAAUUUAUGGCUGAGGGUAAAGCAAGCAUAAAAUUUCAAGAAUCUGGAUGUACUGUCUUUAUUUCUAAUGCACCCCCAACAAAUCUUGUUUCGUUUCUAAGAACUAUAUUUGUAAAAAUGACUGGAGAUCGAGAGAAAACCUUAAAUACCACACCGUCCAAACAGACAGUGCGAGCUAAGCUAUUAAGUGGUAGGUCACAAGCAUUUGAAGAGAUAAGCCCAGUCACAGUAGCUGAUAUAUGUAGUGCCAAAAGUAAAAUCAGUAAAGCAACCACAACAACUCCUUCUCCACCAUCUAAAAAGCGAAAAAAUGAAGAUGUAUGUAGAGGUCCAGCACCAAAAAAAUUGUAUUCUCCAUCUCCAUUAACUACUGGAGGUACCUUAAAUCCUGAACAACUAAGAGUCUUGGAGGCUUGCCUUAGUGGAAAAAACAUAUUUUUUACGGGAUCUGCUGGAACUGGAAAGAGUUAUUUAUUAAAGAGAAUAGUUGCUGCAUUGCCUCCUGAUGUAACUAUGCCAACUGCAUCUACCGGAGUGGCAGCUUGUCAUAUAGGUGGUACUACUCUACAUGCAUUUGCUGGAAUAGGUGAUGGCAGUGGUUCACUUGAAAGCUUGUGUCAUAAAGCACUGAAACUACCACUUGUAGCACAGAAAUGGAGGAAGUGCAAACAUCUUAUUAUUGAUGAAAUUUCAAUGGUAGAUGGAACCUACUUUGAGAAACUGGAAGCAGUGGCAAGAUAUAUUCGCAAGAAUGAUAAGCCAUUUGGAGGCAUCCAAUUAAUUUUAUGUGGAGACUUUCUUCAAUUACCACCUGUAGUUGACAAAACUAAGACUGCAAAGAGAUUUUGUUUUCAAACUAUGUGUUGGGAAAAAUGUAUAGACUUAUGUUUUGAAUUAAAAGAAGUACACAGACAAACUGAUAAAGAGUUUAUAACAAUACUAAAUAGUAUAAGAAUAGGUCGUGUAACAAAUGAAAUAAGUCAACGCCUUGUUAAAACAGCAACUCAAAAAAUUGAGAGUGAUGGAAUUCUAGCUACUAGACUUUGUUCUCAUACCAAUGAUUCAAAAAUGAUAAACAAUUCCAAAUUGCGUGACUUAGAUGGUGAAGAGAAGAUAUAUUCAGCUCAAGAUAGUGACAAUGCUAGUACUCUACUCGAUAUGCAGACUAUUGCACCUGCAAAAUUAGUUUUAAAAAUAGGUGCUCAAGUCAUGUUAUUAAAAAACAUUAAUGUUAAUUCUGGAUUAGUAAAUGGUGCGAGGGGUGUGGUAGUUAGAUUCGAUGAGGGGUUACCUGUUGUAAGAUUCAAAAAUAAAAAGGAAUACAUGGCCCGUACAGAACGUUGGUAUGUAAAAAAUUCGAAUGGGUCUUUAUACUGUAGAAAACAAGUACCAUUGAAUUUAGCAUGGGCAUUUUCUAUACAUAAAUCUCAAGGCCUUACUUUAGAUUGUGUUGAGAUGUCGUUGUCAAAGAUUUUUGAAGCUGGUCAAGCCUAUGUUGCCUUGAGUAGAGCACAGAGUUUAGAUACAUUAAGAGUUCUUGAUUUUGAUUCCCGACAUGUCUGGGCGGACACUAAUGUCCUGGAAUUUUACCAAAAAUUUAGACGAAGGUUGCAACAGAUGGAGUUAAUACCACUAGGCCGACCUUUAUCAGAUAAGACUAAUAAAAAAGGCAAACUUAGAGAAAUUUUAGAAAAGCAAUUAAGGAAAAAAUAA